CCUCAUUCAAUUCAUUCAUAUCUAAACCUUCUUAUCUCUUAUCCAAUAUUCUACAUUCUCUCUCUCUCUCUCUCUCUCUCUCUCUCUCUAUUAUUGUUCAUCUUUUCCUAAACAAGAAACAAAAAAAUGGCAUCUCAAGUUUGUGAGGGUUUGGCUUUCAUGAAAGGGGAUGAUGGGUUGCAAAUCAAUGGUGCUUUUCUAAUGUCAUUGAUGGAAGAACCAUCAGCAAGUGAUGAGGGUGAUGAUGAGAGAUUGGAUAGCUUGAUUAGGGCUUUUGAAGCUGAAAUAAGUGGAAACAAUAAGAUGGAAGAUGAUGAUAAUGAUAAUGAUGAUUCAGCAUCCUCCACAGGUUCAGAAUUAAUGUUUGAGAGGAAUGAGUGUGGCAGUGAAUCAUGGAAGAUGGAAGAGAUUGAUUGGAGUAAUUCAUCAGGUGAGUUUGGUGAGGGAUGGGUGGACAUGGAUUUGGUGCCAUCAUCUCCCUUUGAAGAUAGGAGUUGGUGUGUUGAACCUUGUGGAGAGGAGUAUUAUGCCUUCCCAAACAACUACUUGGGAGAUCAUGGAUACAACAAUUCCUUGUGGCAAGACAUGCCAUGCAAUUGAUGUCUUUUAAUAAUUAGUUUCCAUCUUGUUAACAUGUAAAUUCAUCCAUGUUCUAGCACUCAAAAUGUUGCCAUGGCAAACCCUCACUAGAUGUUCAAUUAACAAGCAAAGGAAAUUAAAGAAAUUGUUCAAUCAUUUUCUCUUA